AUGCAUACAGUUUGGGUUCGAUUAAACGGUGUGGUAUUCUUUGGAUUGACUGUUCUGUUGUGUCUCUCCUGUUUGGCCGCCAUUUCUAAGAUCGGCCACACCAGCUCCCAUGCACCAGUGAUAGAAAAGUUGGAAUUGAAGUCUUUGCGCUCACUGAAGUCUCAUGGAGGAGUAGAUCGAGCCUUGUUGUCGUUUGAUCUGAAGGCCGAUAUGACCCCGGCGUUCCAUUGGAAUAUCAAGCAACUCUUUGUCUAUGUCGUGGCUAGCUAUGAGAGCACCAAAAACCGCAACAAUCAGAUUGUGAUCUGGGACAAGAUUGUGGAAUCAAUCCACCCAGAAGACAUGAUGAUCGAGCUGGAAAAUGUCUUUGUCAAAUACGCAUUGGUAGACCAAGGGGAUGAAUUGCGGGGCAAAGAUGUCAAGUUGCAACUCAUGUGGGAUCACAUGCCAAUAACUGGACUUCUCUACAUGGGAGAACAACCCCUCUCGGAGGCUUCAUCCUUUACUUUGCCCACAGAAUACCAAUAG